AUGGCAGCGCCAGCGCGCACAGCGACAGGCACGGCCACUCCUCGAUGCAGCGGAGCCCCCACGAGCGACCACCACUUGGAUACUCCUCUACUUGGAGAGGAUCGCCGGCGCAGCACGUCACGAGGGCACGCGCCGGCGCGGGAGGCGCUGUGCUCCCCAAAACCCGAGCUGCCGCCUCGCCACGAGACAGCGGCACCUAACCCGCACCCAGGCCCAGGACCAGGAGGGACGACCGGCCAGCGGCCACGCCCGAGUUCGCGGCGCCGUCACGUGGCCGCCCCGUCCGUCGCCGUCGCGCCCGCUCCACCAGCCGCGUCGGGGCCGGCCACGUCGCCCGCCCCCGCAGCCCGCAUGGUCCCCGUCCGUUCCCCGCACCGCGAGGGACGCGUGGGUGGGGACGUCCGUCGCCGUCCGCACUCCGGCAGUCCGCUGGGCUGUCGCUGUCCUCGGCACGCGCGCACCGCGGGGCCCGCGGACACGCAACGACGGAGAAAAUGA